AUGCCGUCAUUCUGUUCUAAGCCUUAUAAUCGCUUAAGAGCGUACACUUUAGAUAACUUCAGUCGUUAUUUAUAUUUCAGUCAGUCCUCUGAAAAGUAUCACUGUAACCAGUUUAAAACAUCAACAUGUUGCGUUGUUUAUUUUUAGUUUGUUUUCUAUCAUCCGCUAUAGGGAUUGUAAUCCGCGAUGGUAGCUGUGAUUGGGAAAAUAUUGCAUCUGUCAAAUCUUUAAACAUCACAGAGUUACUAGGAGAAUGGCAUCAAAUACAACACAUAGAGAAUCCGUUGGACACAGGAGAAUGUUCUACUUUGACGUUAGCUGUUGAAAAUGACAAUACUACGUCAUACGUGACCCUUGCACACCGAGAGGUGCAUGGCACUCACGUACACGACACCAGAGGUCUUAUUUUAAUAGUCAAUGAAACAUUAGGAUUGUUUAACAUGGCUUAUCAAAAUUAUACCUUCGAUACAGUCGUGUUGGGCGUUAAUCCUGCAAAGCAUGUGGUGCUUUACUCAUGUGCAGGAAUCAACGCAACUCAAUCUGCUGUUGUGGCUUGGGUUUAUAGUAGAAGUACAUCUCUGGAGCAAGCUGAUAAAACAACUGUCGACGCCUUGAUAAAAACAAACGAAGAUCUUCAAAACGCAACAUGGAUUGAAAUUAAACACACCAAAGAAGCUUGUAAUAUAAAUGGAAGUUUCACCUUCGGAAUAUCACCAAUACUUACACUCCUUGUUUUAUUCAUUGUUGGAAAGAACGGAAUUAUUUGUAACUAAAUUAUUGAAUAAACUUUACAACUCUGAUAAACAUAGCUUUAAAUUGAAACGUUUUCAUUUUGUGUUAAAGACAUAAACGUUGACAGACUCGUAAACCAUUAA